GUUGAGUGGGUAGCUAACGUUAGCUAGCAAGUGUGUGACAAACGGCGCCAUAAACUCACUGGGAUGCAUUGUUGCUAGCUAGCGGUAGCUAGCUUUUUCUGAUUUCCUGUCGCUGGUGUGUAGGGGACUUCGGUUGCCAUAAAAUAGCUUACGUUACAACCAUGGAAAUCGACACACUUUUGGAGGGUUUUACGGACUUCGAGAAGAAAGGGAAGAAAGAUGCCUGCCCUGCCCUGGAUCAAUUUCUGUGUCAUGUCGCCAAAACGGGAGAAACGAUGAUUUCAUGGUCACAGUUCAAAAGUUAUUUCCUGUUUAAACUUGAGAAGGUAAUGGAUGACUUCAGAGCCUCGACACCAGACCAGCGAGGGCCAGCUAAUCCUAAUGUGGAGUACAUUCCGUUUGAAGAGAUGAAGGAGAGGAUUCUCAAAAUCGUAGAAGGAUACAACGGGAUUCCGUUCACCAUCCAGCGUCUGUGUGAGUUACUGACUGAGCCAAAGAGGAACUACACAGGAACAGACAAGUUCCUCAGGGGAGUGGAGAAGAAUGUGAUGGUGGUCAGCUGUGUGUGUCCUACAUCAGAGAAAAAUGAGGCAACCAGUGUAAACAGAAUCAAUGGAGUGAUGUUCCCUGGCAAUACCGCUAUUUAUUCAGAAAGGAAUGUAAAUGGACCAGGCACCCCAAGGCCACUGAACAGACCAAAGCUAUCACUAUCCACCUCUCUGGCUACAAACGGUCUCCCUGACAGCACAGAAGAUAAGGAGCCACUCACAGAACAAGAAGAGGAGCAUGUUGUCAGUGAUUCCUCGGUAUCGGAAAGUGAUGCCACACAGAGCAGUCUGAUGAAGACUAAGCAUCCGGAAGAGGAUGUAACGGAGGCAGAGAGCCACGAAGUCAAGAGGCUGAAGUUUGACAAAGACAUGGAUGAAGAGGAGGAUGAGGUAGACAAGGAGAUGUCAUGUCCUGCACCUGCCCAAAGUUCAUCAGACAUGCCAGAAUCGUCAACAGAUGUUGUUGAGGAAGAAAAAGAGAAGUCUGCUGAUAUGCUCACCACAGACGAUCAUGAGCCCUCCAGUACUCAGACAGAAGAUCCCUUUGAUGACGAGGAAGAGCCAUCAGAGAGGGAGGCUGAGUAUGGCCCCAUCCACAGUCUAAAGAGUGACAGCACCAUGGACCAGUCAGAGGAGCAGCUUGCUCAGUCAGGGAAUGAUCUGAGUUUAGAGGAACAGGAUGAAGGAGAUUGCAGUGACCCAGUAAGUAGCAGCAGUAGCAGCAAUGGGGAGGGAGCACCCAGUGAAGAGCCGGUCCCCUCUGCCUCUCCCAGCAGUACAGCUGAGUCGUUGGCAGAGGGCGCUGCUGCAGAAAACUGUUCGGAAAGCUCAGAGAUGGCAGAUGAGCCCAUGGAACAGGACUAACCUGAGGCUGAGGGGCCCCCCCCCCCAACAUUAUUUUACACUGUAUAUUGAUACUGUACCAAACCCAGGAGAUCUCUGUACCACCAUGGACCUGUAAUCUCCCAGCACAGGGAGGCUUUUUGUGAGGCCUCAGAGGAUUUUCACCCUCAGGUCUCUUCUUCACGCCUUUUUUGACCCACCCACCUCCUGACGGCCACACAUCAGUCCGUUUUUAAAAACUGGAACUUAUCAUUUAAAGUUCCCCUCCAGCUAGUUUUUUUAAAAAGCCUGUGGCAUUCAAAAAAGCGACUCAGCUGUACUUUUUUAUCACCUUGAUAGUUUUUAUUUCUCUCAUGGAUCAUUGUCAUUUUAAUAUUUACUGCUAUUUUAGACACCAGUUCUAAAGCUGUUUGGUUAACAUUGUGAUAAGGAAUGAAUCAGCCACUUCUGUGUGUUGUGAUCUCAAUCUGUGGUGAACGUAUCAUGUUGGCCGGCCCAGUUAGGGUCUCCUCUGGAUCUGUGGGAUGCCUUGGGUUUUCCCUUGGUAAAGCUACCGUUCACAUCUAUGUUUAAAUUUUUUGUAUAGUUGUCCAUACUUUGGAAUGUAAAGUAUGAAGGAUUGUCCAUGACACACAUCUGUUCCAUAAAACCACUGGAAGCCCUUGUCCUGCAAGUUUGGUAAUCUUGCAAAGUUAACAUACUGAAACCAUGGAUUGCAACCAAUCCUCAUGUACUAUUGCACUCUGAUUGAACAAAACAGAUAGUGCUUUCAGAAAGUAUUCAUACCCCUUGACUUAUUCCACAUUUUGUUACAGCUUGAAUUCAAAAUGGCUUGAAUGUUAACACACAAUACCCCAUAAUGAAAACACAUUUUUAGAAGUCUUUGCACAUUUAUUGAAAAUGAAAUAAAUAUCUAACUUACAAACUUACACACCCCUUUGUUAUGUCACACCAAACUGAGCUCAGGAGCAGCCAACUUCCUUUGAUCAUCCUUGAGCUGUCACUGCAACUUGAUUGGAGUCCACCUGUGGCCAAUUCAUUUGUUUGGACAUGAUUUAGAAAAACACCUGUCUAUAUAAGGUCCCACAGUUGACAGUGCAUGUCAGAGCAGAAACUAUACCAUGAAGUCCAAGGAACUGUCUGUAGAGUGCCGAGACACGAUUGUGAUGAGGCAUAUAUCUGGGGGAAGGGUAUAAAACAAUUUUAGAGUGUUAAGUUUUUGCGAGCACAGUGGUCUCCAUCAUUGGGACAUUGAAAAAAUAUAGAACUACCCAGACUGCCUAGAGCUAGCCGUCCGACCAAGGCAAGAAAGACCUUUGGUAAGGGAGGUGACCAAGAACCCAAUGACCACUCUGACAGAACUACAGAGUUCCUUGGUUGAGAUGGGAGAACCUGCCAGAAGGACAAGUCUUUACGCACUUCACCAAUCUGAGCUUUAUGGGAGAGUGGCCAGACGGAAGCCGCUCCUAACAAAAAGGCACAUGAUGGAAGGCCUGGAGUUUGCAAAAAGGCAUAUGAAAGAUGGAGCAUAAGGAAACAUAUUCUGUUGUCUGAUGAGAGACAAAUUGGCCUGAAUGCAAAGCGCUAUGUCUAGAGAGAAACAGGCACAGCUAAUCACCCAUCUAACACCCUACUGUAUAGCGGUGGUGGCAGCAUCUUGCUAUAGGGAUGCUUUUCAGUGGCAGGGACUGAGAGACUGGUAAGGAUACCGCGAACAAUUAAUGGUGUCAAAUCCCUGAUGAGAACCUGCUUCAGAGUGCAAAUGACCUUGGACUGGGGUGAAGAUUUACGUUCCAACAGGACAAUAACCCCAAGCAUAUAGCCAAAGCAAUGCUGGAAUGACUUCAGAACAAGAGUUUGAAAGUCCUUGAGUGGCUCAACCAAAGCCCAUUAAAUCUAUGGAAUGACUUGAAGAUUGCUGUUCACCACCACUUCCCAUUUAACUUAACAGAGCUUGAGAAAAUCUGCAAGGAAGAAUGGGAGGAAAUCCCCAAGUCCAGAUGUGCAAAGCUGAUGCAGACGUACCCAAGAUGACACAAAGCUGUAAUCGCCACCAAAGGUGUUUUUACAAAGUAUUGACUCGGGUGUGAAUACUUAUGUAAAUUAUAUGUAUUUAUUUUUCAAUACAUUUGCAAAAAUGUGUAAAUGUUUUCACUUUGCCAUUAUGGGGUAUUUUGUGUAGGAAAAUUGAAUUCAGGCUUUAACCCAACAAAAUGUGGAAUAGGUUGAGGGGAAUGAAUACUUUCUGACAGCACUGUAUAGCUGUGAAUCAAUUGCUCUAAACAUUCCAGGAGCACUCUAUCCCAUCGUUCUCUACCUUCUCACCUGUUGCUAAGUCUUCCAAAACAUCAGAAGACAAUAAUAUUGCCAAUUUCCUGAUUUCUGUUGUCUGACAGUAUUGAGUGAAUGCUUUUCUGUUGACCACAGUUACUGUCAGUUUUUGUGUCCGAUUUACUCAAAUGGUAAGAAAACAUGGUGUACUUAAGUUCUCACAAUCUUUUCAAUUGAAUAAAACUACAUUUGUCAAAUUGAAAUGUCUAUAUCAGCACUAAAUGUCAUUGAUCACAAGAAUCUUGUUUGAUUUUAUUUUGAGAGUUUACUGGCUGCCAUAUCUUUACCAGUUUCUGCAACUGUCUUUUUAUAUAUUAGGAUAAACAUUUCUGUAAAGUAGAUUUUGUAGAUUGUAAUAUGUGUUCACUGCCUUUGUGAAACCGAUUGAUAUCUGUAAAUUGAAUGAUUGGCUUUCAGCACAGUAUUCAUAUGAAGCAAUAAAUGCUAACAUUUUAA